UUGAGCCGUUUUCCUCGGCACCCCCCCCCACCCUGUGCGGUCCGCCCACUCGGCGUCCACUUCAGAGUUCGCCGGGCUGCUUCUCAGCCCGCCCCGGGUCCUUGGACUCUCCCUAUGCCUACAGGUGCCCCCAUUCGAGUAUUUCCUCUUUACUUUCUUUCUCUUUUAACGAAGUCCUUACUGUCACUUGCUUUCUGCAUCCUAAACCUGGCUCCUCUUCACCAGGGUUCAGGUGGUCUCAGCUUGCCUCCUUGCAGGGCCUGCUGUCUUUACAGGUGACUUUGUUGCCACAUAUUCAUCAAGACCUUGGAUACGGUACUCACUCGCCCUCUUGACCAUUCUUUACUUUUCUACUCCCCUUAAACAUUACUCGCUAAAAGGGAGUGUAAUUUUUGUCGUGCUUUGGUUGCUACCCGUAUCUAGCCAUGACACUGACGAUGUCCAGUUUACCAAUUUUAAAUCAAGAUCUGGCGAAAAAUAGAAAAGUAAUUGGUAAUAAAGUUCCGUGUCGUUGGAAAGUUGUACUGUAGUGUUCAGAUUUUCUUUUGGCGAGUUACGGUAUCUAAUGCGUCUAUAGUUGAAAGAGCUAAUCUAAGAGGGAAUUGUUAAGAGGGCAUUUGGAUUUAUUGGGUUAGGUAUUAGAGGAGGAUUCUGGACCAGACAGAUAGACACUAUUGUGCUUGUAUGGUACGUUUGUGAUUUGUCAUGUUAAUAUGUGGGUGAAUAUCCAAAAGAAUAGUGUUGCAUACUGGCAAAAGGUAAAGGAGGGACUGAAAAAUCCAAGGACAGAUGUAAUCAGUUGUCUUGAUAAAAAAAUUUUGGCACGGUAAAAUAAUUUAGUUUUGGACUGGGGUUCUCUUCUCUUGCUCUCCAAGCUUUAAAUUCUACUAUAUGUUGAUAAAUUGAGGAUUUUUAUUUUCAGCUCCAUAUUCAAAUAGCUGACUGCUUAACAUCUCAAUCUGAUUUUUUUCCCUUAGGAAUUUCAAAUAUGACAUUUUAAAAAACUAGAGUCUGGAUUUCUCUCUGUACCCAAAUUCUCUUUUUUUCCAGUGUCCACUACCACAAGUGACGUGCUCAUUUUGAUGCCAUAUAUCCAUUUGUUUAGUUACACUGGGUAGAAACUUAAGAGGCAGUCUUGAUUUCUUCAUCCUAUGUGUUCAUAUCCUUUCCAAGUUCUGUUUUACGUCAAUAUAUGUUUUGCAUCUAUUUCUGGCCAUCUUCACUUUUAUUUUUCUAGUUCAAACCACGUUCUUUUUCAUAUGGACUUGAUCUCCCUUGCACUUAUUCUCACAGGUAAAAUAGGAAUAAGAGUUCUUAUCUUAGCUGGGCAGUGGGAGGUAGGGGCAGAUGGAUCUCUGAGUUCAAGUCCAACAUGGACUACUGAGUGAGUUCCAGGACAGCCAGAACUACGCAGAAAAACCCUGUCUCUAAACACCCACCCUGCCCCCAAAAAAGUUCUCACCUUAGUGGAUUAUUAUGAGUGUUAUAACUUGGUAAAGCAUUGACAUACAGAAACUGGCAAGUAAGAAUUAAUUAUUAUUGUAAGUAUGAGUUAAAAAAACACUUCUAUCUGAUCUCCCUGGGUUUUUUUUUUGUUUUGUUUGUUUUCUCUUCUUCCCAAACUCAUCACUCUAUUUAUCCAUUCAUUCAAAUAACAUAUAAUUUCUUUGCUUGAAACCCUUUAGUGACUUUCCCAUGGCCAAGGUGCUUAUUACUUUACGAUAAAAUUUAAAAUCAUGUUCUGGGGAUAUAGUUCAAUUGCUGGAGUGCUUGCCUAGCAUGCACGAAUCCCUGGAUUUGCACUCCAGCACCACAGAGACAGGAGGAUCAGAAAUUCAAGGUCCUCAAAUACAUCGGCGUAGCUAUAGACCUCCCUUUCCCCCAAGGAAAACAUUUCAGAAUCACAAGAUUUUACAUAACCUGGUUCUUAACUAUUUGUCUCUCCCUUUCUUUUAACUAACCUGCAGCCACACUGACUUAAUGUUAACACAAUGUUUCUGGUUUAGGAUUUUUGCAUAUACACUACUCUGUUUAUCUGGAUUGUUCCAGCAUAGUGCCACCAUCCUUCAAUCAACUUAUGCCUUAAUUUUCAAUUUGAAAUAAUACUUUCUCAGAGAAGCCUUGAUUUUUUUUUUUUCCCUCUACUCUCAACUCCCAAGUUGGAUAAAAGCUAAUUUAGGCAGAACCCUGUCCUGCAAAUACAACUGACCUCUUAUACAGACACACACAUACACAAUACAACACAAUGUAAAAAUUAAAAAAAAAAAGAAAAAAAGCAACUCACUUUCACAUUCAUUUCUCAAGAAUUGGUUAAAUGCUUCAAAUUGGAAGUUGCAUAAGCUCGUGAUGAUGUAAAGUGUAAGAUGCUGUAAGACCAUCUUGUUUUGAAAGCAUCAAGGGGGCUGGAGAGAUGGCUCAGUGGUUAAGAGCACUGACUGUUCUGCCAGAGGUCCUGAGUUCAAAUCCCAGCAACCACAUAGUGGUUCACAAUAAAAAAAAAAAAAAAAAAAAAGGAAAGCAUCAGUUUUCAGAUAUUCUUCUCAGAUGAGUUAUUCUGCAAAGGCCACAUCAAAAGGAAACAAGUAGGAAUAUGGAUCAGCUGUAGGGUACUUGGUUAGCAUGUUGGAAGCCUGGAUGCUAUUUGAAAAUGAGCAGGGAACAAAGAACAAGCAAAGGUCUACAGUUAAGGAUUUUUUUCUUAUUCCUGUGUGAAUCAGGAACAGGAUUGUGUGAAAUCAUUCUGAUUUCUAAUCUUUUGUAAAUUAGAGAUAAAUCUCAUUUAGAUAAAAAAAUUUUUCUUUCCACUAUGACAUGAACUUUGUAUACCUAUUGUAUGUAAUUUUUAAAAUUAUAUUAUUGGUGUGGUGUCUGUAUACAUGUUCAUGCAAACAUGUAAAUUUGGGUGCAUGUGUACCAUGGCAUGUAUGUUGAUGUGGUCAGAAGACAUCUUUCAGGAGUCCGUUCAGUUGGAUCCAGGGGUCAAACUCAUGUUAUCAGGCUUGAGUAACUAGUGUCUUUUCCAAUUGGGUAAUUCUUUACAGGUUCUGUUUUAUGAUUUGUUAGGAAAGAAAGUCCUCAAAAAUCUGUAGUUUCUAUAUUUUAGCAACAGGUUAAAUUGAAACUAGUAAAGAUGAGGGUUUUUUGAGACUGGGUUUCUCUCUGUAGAGCAGGCUGGCCUCAAACUUAAUAGAGAUCCGCCUACCUCUGCUCCCAAGUGCUGGGAUAAAAGGCGUGCGCCACCGUGCCUCCCCUUCAGCCACUUCAGGCUCCCAGUUCAAGAUGUGUUCAUUUACGGUGGCAUUUAGUUACUUGCAAGAUGAGGUUUCUACAAAUAGAUAAGAGUUCUUGGUAGAUAAGGAAAUCAAUAUUAAAGUUUAAUAACAUGUUUUAGGGCUUUAAGAAUUUAUACUGAAAACAAUAAAACAGUAAAGUGUUAUAGAUGUCAGACACAAGCAUGGUUUUAUUUUCUAGUUUGUAAUGAGCAAGUAAAAAGGUUUACAAUGGAGUUAAUAGUAUUAGUAACAGGUACUUAGCACUUACUGUUUGUUUUGUUGGACUAUACUAGGAGUGUGCCUUAGUUCUUGUGGUCAUGUGUCAUAUGCCUCCCUAAUUAGGGAGAAAGCUAUAAAAACAACUAGUGUAGACUUUAGUUCCUAAGGAAUAAAAAGAAUGGUUCUUUAGAAAGACUUUGUAGAAAAGGAUUCAUUGAUGGGAAAAAUAAAUCCUUAGAGAAUAGUGUCUAGGAAGUGACUCAGAAUUCAUUGAUGAGGAUGAACUGUGGUAGUGGUUAAGAUUUUGGCUUCUAGCCACGUGUAGUGGUAUGUGCCUGUAAUCCCAGCCCUCGAAGAGUGGAAGUAGGAGGAACAGUAGUCAGCCUCUACUUACAUAGCAACCCUGUAAAGAGGGUUUCAACCCCAAAACCAAAAAAAAAAAAAAAAAAAAGAGCAGGGUUUGGGCUUUACUUUUUCUCUUGCUGACUAUCUUUUCUUUUCUUUCUUAAUCUUUCUUUUUUAAAGAUUUAUUUACUUUUAUGUCUUUUUCCUGCACAUAUGUAUGUAAACCACAUCUGUGGCUGGGCCUGUGGAGGUGAGAAGAGAGUGUCUGAUCCCCUGGAGUUGGAGUUGCAGGUGGUUGUGAGCCAGCAAGUGGAUGCUGGGAAUUGAAACUAGACCAUCUUCAAGAACAACAAAUGACCUUGACUACUGAGACAUUUCUCUAACAACCUGUAUAAAUCCCCCCCCCUUUUUUUUUUUUGGAGAGGGGGUGGUUUGAGGUUUAUGCAGCACCAGCUGUCCUAGGACUGACUCUGUGGACCGGGAUGGCCUUGAAAGUGCUUGAUAUUAUACUUAGCACUAUGCUUAGUUGAUGCAUGGCACUUACUUCGUGGAGUGGUGGCAAAAAAAAAAAAAAUUAGAAUUUUAAUUAGUUAAUCAACUUAAUUAUUUUGAAAUUGGUUCUUGUGGAGUCCAGGCUGACCUUAAAACUCAUUGUGUGUCUGAAGAUGAACUUUGAUCUGCUCUUCUGCUUCUACUUUCCAAGUGCUGGGAUUAGAGGCAGGCCAGUUAACCAGGUGCUAAGGAUCCAAUCUAGGGUUUCCUAUAGCACCCUACCAAUUGAGCCAUAUCCCUAUCCCAAAGUGAUGAAUAUCUAAAUUAGGGAAGCACUUUUUAAAAGAUGGGGUUUAAAAGAUGUUGAAUAGGUGAGACUUGCCUGAAUCUGGGCUGGAGAGAUGGCUCAGUGGCUAAGAGCACUGACUGCUCUUCCGGGGGUCCCAAGUUCAAUUCCUAGCAACCACAUGGUGGCUCACAACCAUCUGUAAUGAGAUCUGAUACCCUCUUCUGGUGUGUCCAAAGACAGCUACAGUGUACUUAUAUACAUUAAAUAAAUAAUAUUUUUAAAAAAAGACUUGCCUGAGUCAUGAGGAAAAGGAUGAACAUAGGGAAAUCAGGCCUAGCAUGGUGGCACAGGCUUUUAGUCUAGCACUCUGACGGCAGAGGCAGGUGGACCUCUGAAUUUGAAGCCAGCCUGGUCUAAAAAGUAAGGCCAGUACAGCCUGGCACACAGAGAAACCCUGUCUCAAAAACCAAACCAACCUAAAACAAAAACAGGGAAAUGGAGGGACAGUAGCUGAUCAGGCACCAUGUCAUUCACAGUUGUUUCUCCUGCUACACUGUCUUCUAACUGGAGUAAAUCAGUGGAUUUUGUCCAAAUGAGCAGAUGAGUUAAAAGUUGAUAUUGUUGUAUUCAGGUUUGUGGAAGAAUUUCAGAGAAAAUUAGGCUUAGAGGGACUUAAAGUUAAGAAAGAUUUUUUUUUCAUGAGAGCUUUCCAAAAGGUAAGUAAAGACCCUUUUCCCACCUUUAAAAACUAUAGCUCAACACACCUUAGAAGCAGCCUUUAGGACAGUUAUGAUGUAACAAUGUUUCUAAAGUCAACAAAGGGUGUACUUUUUCACUGACUGAGUUUCAAAAUCUAGUAGCCAUAAAUAAAAGCAAGACAUACGGUGAUGGACUUGGAGGUUCUUCCUACAAUUCCUCAUUCUCUACUGCAGGCGCAUUCCUAUUUUGGGAGGGGUGGAGAAUCUUGCAUUAUAUUUUAAAUAUUUUCACUGAGUUGAUGACUCCUGGAGGGACCACUGGUAGAGCUGAAGAAUAUGAAUAGUUUCUCAAGAAAAGUACAUUGCUUUUGGCACAAGAAGCAGAAUAACUGUGAAUUAUUAUUACGUGGACUUUUUCAGUAAAAAUCACUGAAAAUUACUUUCUGUGCAAUAACUAUAGGCUUUGAACUAGAGGACCCCAGACUAGUCGUCUCCUGCCUGCAGAAUUCGUCAGGUGAACAUAUAUUUUUGCUUUUUAAUUUGGUUAAAAGCAAUUUAUUUUUAAAGAAAAUAUGUCUCCUCUGAAGAUAUAUGGUCCUAUCAGAAUUCGAAGUAUGCAGACUGGGAUUACAAAGUGGAAAGAAGGAUCCUUUGAAAUUGUGGACAAAGACAGUAAAGUCAGCCUGGUAGUUCACUACAACACUGGAGGAAUUCCAAGAGUGUUUCAGCUAAGUCAUAACAUUAAAAAUGUGGUACUACGACCCAGUGGAACAAAACAAAGUCGCCUAAUGUUGACUCUACAAGAUAACAGCUUCUUGUCUAUUGACAAAGUACCAAGUAAGGAUGCAGAGGAAAUGAGGUUGUUCCUAGAUGCAGUCCACCAAAACAGACUUCAUGCAGCUAUGAAAUCUUCUCAAGGUUCUGGUAGUUUUGGAACUAUUCUGGGCAGCAGGACCUCUCAGAAGGAAACUAACAGACAGCUUUCUUACUCAGACAAUCAGGCCUCUUCAAAAAGAGGAAGUUUAGAAACUAAAGAUGAAAUUCCAUUUCGAAAAGUUCUUGGCAAUCCUGGUAGAGGACCGAUUAAGACUGUAACCGGAAGUGGAAUGGCUGUUACCCGGACUAUUCCUUCUUUGACGCUGACAUCAACACCCCUUAGAACAGGAUUAUUAGAAAACCGCACUGAAAAGAGGAAAAGAAUGUUGUCUGGUUCAGAGCUGACCGAAGAUUAUCCUAAGGAAAAUGAUUCAUCAUCGAACAACAAAGCUAUGACAGACCCUUCAAGAAAAUACUUAAGCAGCAGUAGAGAAAAGCAGCUGAGUUUGAAACAAGCAGAAGAAAAUCGAACACCGGGGCUUUUACCUUUGCAGUCAUCCUCAUUUUAUGGGAGCAGAACUGGAUCAAAGGACUACUCUUCUGGUGGCACUAACCUGGACAGGUGUAAUAUUUCAAACCAGACUCCUUCUGCCAAAAGAAGCUUGGGGUUCCUUCCUCAGCCAACUCCCCUAUCUGUUAAAAAACUGAGGUGUAACCAGGAUUACACAGGCUGGAACAAACCUAGAGCGCCCCUUUCCUCUCACCAACAGCAGCUGCAGGGAUUCUCCAAUUUGGGAAAUACAUGCUAUAUGAAUGCUAUCUUACAAUCUCUGUUUUCACUCCAGUCAUUUGCAAAUGAUUUACUUAAACAAAGUAUCCCAUGGAAGAAAAUUCCACUCAAUGCACUUAUCAGACGCUUUGCAAACCUGCUUAUUAAAAAAGAUAUUUCUAAUUCAGAGACCAAAAAAGAACUACUUAAGAAGGUUAAAAAUGCUAUUUCAGCUACUGCAGAGAGAUUCUCUGGCUAUGUCCAAAAUGAUGCUCAUGAAUUUUUAAGUCAGUGCUUAGAUCAGCUGAAGGAAGAUAUGGAAAAACUGAAUAAAACUUGGAAGACAGAACCUGUCCUUGGAGAAGAAAAUUCACCAGAUACAUCAGCUACCAAAGUGUUCACUUGCCCUGUUAUUACAAACUUGGAAUUUGAGGUUCAGCACUCCAUUAUCUGUAAAGCAUGUGGAGAAACUAUUCCCAAAAGAGAACAGUUUAAUGAUCUCUCCAUUGACCUUCCUCGGAGGAAAAAACCACUCCCUCCUCGUUCAAUUCAAGAUUCUCUUGAUCUUUUCUUUAGGGCAGAAGAACUUGAAUACUCCUGUGAAAAGUGUGGUGGAAAAUGUGCUCUUGUCAGGCACAAAUUUAUCAGGCUGCCCAGGGUCCUCAUUCUUCAUUUGAAACGAUACAGCUUCAAUGUGGCUCUCUCGCUUAACAACAAGAUAGGACAACAAGUCAUCAUUCCAAGAUACCUGACCCUGUCAUCACACUGCACUGAAAAUACAAAACCACCUUUUACUCUUGGGUGGAGUGCACAUAUGGCAAUUUCUAGACCAUUGAGAGCCUGUCAAAUGGUGAAUUCCUGCAUCACCAGUCCUUCUGCACCUUCAAAGAAAUUUACCUUCAAAUCCAAGAGCUCCUUGACAUCAUGCCUUGAUUCUGACAGUGAGGAUGAACUUAAACGCUCUGUGGCCCUCAGUCAGAGACUUUGUGAUUUGCCAGGCAAUGAACAGUACCAGGAAGAUGUGGAAAAAGAUUUGAAAUUGUGCAGAUUAGAUCCUGGGAAGUCCGAAUUGGAGAACUCAGGAUUUGACAGAAUGAGUGAGGAAGAGGUGCUGGCAGCUGUGUUAGAGAUAAGCAGGAGAGAAGCCUCGCCGGUACUCAGCCCUGAAGAUGAUGAUAAGCCAACCAGCAGUCCGGACACUGGGUUUGCAGAAGAUGAUAUUCCAGAGAUGCCUGAAAAUCCAGACGCUAUGGAAAUUGAGAAACCCAAAGCAAUCACUGAGCCAGGUCCUGCUAGUUUUACUGAGAUAACAAAAGACUGUGAUGAGAAUAAAGAAAACAAAACUCCAGAAGGUUCUCAGGGAGAGGUUGAUUGGCUCCAGCAGUAUGACAUAGAGCGGGAAAGAGAGGAGCAGGAGCUGCAACAAGCCCUGGCCCAGAGCCUUCAAGAACAAGAGGCUUGGGAACAAAAAGAAGAUGAUGACCUCAAAAGGGCUACAGAGUUAAGUCUUCAAGAGUUUAACAACUCUUUUCUGGAUUCCCUGGGCUCAGAUGAGGACUCUGGAAACGAGGAUGUUUUUGAUAUGGAGUACACAGAAGCUGAAGCCGAGGAACUGAAAAGAAAUGCUGAGACAGGAAAUCUUCCUCACUCCUAUCGGCUCAUCAGUGUUGUCAGUCACAUUGGGAGCACCUCUUCUUCAGGUCAUUACAUUAGUGAUGUGUAUGACAUUAAGAAACAGGCAUGGUUCACUUACAAUGACUUGGAGGUCUCUAAAAUCCAAGAGGCUGCCGUGCAGAGUGAUCGAGAUCGCAGCGGCUAUAUUUUCUUCUAUAUGCACAAGGAAAUCUUUGAUGAGUUGCUGGAGACAGAAAAAACCUCUCAGGCGCUUAGCAUGGAGGUGGGGAGAGCUGCUCGUCAGGCCUCGUGAGGAGAAUCUCGUGGGCGGCGGCAUGAGCUGCACAUCUGUCACUGCCACCCUCCUCACUGUCCUCUGCCCCAAGAGAAUUGGAACUCUACUUGAUGCAGGAGCAACAGCAGCUCAGGGCCAAACCAAAAGAAGCUUCAGUCAUGUGCACCGCUCCAUGCUGUUUUAUGGAAACCUUGGUCUCAUCUAUAGCUGAUUAUCCUCUUUUUCUCCUACAAGAGUGCCGCUUCCUUUUGUGUUAGGAAUGAAUACAUGCUGUAAAUAUAUAUGUACAUACCCACACACAUAUAUUGAAUGAAUGGAGCCUUAAAGAGCUAGGAUGAGCCACCAGAAGUGUAGUAUUCCUGCUCACAAUGAAUGCUGCAGCAUUUGGCGGAGAAAUCAAAGUGUCCAAGCACAUUCAUCUGAGGAGGUCUGAGGAUGCACAUAGCGUUUGGCUUUUAACUUUUGGGUUUUUGUUUUGUUUUGUUUUUCAUUUUGAGUAGCUUCACUCAAGUCCAACCUUUCAUGUUUGUUGUAGGUAAAGCUCACUGGAAAGCUAGUUACACUAAAAACAGUUCUAUUUUCCUUGCAAGAGGCAUUUCUGUAGCCUAAUUUGAGUUUUAUUUUUCUUUUGAUUUUAUGAUUCUCAUGCUGUUUACGUGCAGUUUCCAAAAUGGAUUGUUGGUGCUUCAGAACGUCACAGCCCCCUGCUGUGGUUAUGCUCUCGGCACUUUGUUUCAGAUGUUUCCACACACUGUGCUCUUCGUACUCUUCCGUGCGGUGGUAGUGGUAAAGCUUUUGUUUUCUUCUGUGUGGAACACGCAUGACCCCAACGGAUUACGGCCUCAGUUGUGAAGGGUUCAGAGACAGCUCAUCUGGGACUGACAGGGACGCUCAGGGCAGGGAAGAACACUAGUCCCUGACCUGCGGGCACAGGGAGAGGGGCCAUGCUACCUUUCACAGUGCAGGCUCUGGACCACUAAAACUGAGAGCUAAACACUGUUGCAAGGGUUAAAUGAGUAGCCAGAGGGGAUUCCAGGAGCUGUCAGUCAAAGGUGCCUAGUAUAUCUCUUACUUGUUAGUGCUCUGAGUGUGACCAAGUGUCAGUGUAGUGGCCAGUGCUGCAAAAGUCACUCUGCUCACACGACCUGCCUGGUUAAGCAGCUAAUGAAACCAUAAAAUGAACCUGAGGGAAUUGUCAGCUCAAGUAUCAUUAAGAUUGCACAGACCUUAGCAAAAUGAAGCCUGCAUUCAUUUUUUCCCGUUUUUUCAUUCUUUUAUUAUUAAUGGGAGGGUUGCUGUGAAUUCUAAGUUAGGUAUGAAACCAUAUUAGAUUUUCAGAGGAUGUUAAAAACCCAUCAUUGAAGAUGCAACAUCUCUUCUGGAAGAGUGUAUUCAGAGAGCUCCAGCCUGAUUCUUGGGUAUAUUCUCACUUAAUCACCUCUUCUAAAGCUCUGAAUCGCUGGAGUGUGCCUCGGUGCUUUGACUACUGAUAAACUCUGACUCCUACCAUCUACACACAUAGUGACUGUUCCAGAGUGGCCCAGGUAGGCUGUGCAGUAGUUUAAAACAGAGGGAAGUAUUUGUGUCUAAAACUAACCUUAACCUGUGCUGUCUCACUUGUAGCAGAAGCCUGGUUUUGUCUGGUUUUGCUCGAAAGUGACUGGUUAUCUCGAAUGGUUGAUGAUCGUGUGCUUUAGCAAGUUCUCUCUCGUCUCUGCACUGGAGAACGUCAAGCUGUUGAAAUGAUGGGGAGGUUUUUGUUUUUGUUUUUGUUUUUUAAAGGCUCUGCAUUGAGGUGUGGAGGACACUAGAAAUGAUGCCCUGGGCCUAGACUGCCUCCUGGGUUUUUGAGCUGCUCUGACAGCUUCUGUUCCUGUUGACUUAGAAGUCUGCUUGACACAGAGCCUGAUUUGUUUUGACUCUCAUGUCUUGGGCAGGACUUGUUAGUUAAAAAUAGGUUAUUCCUUGCAAAUUUAGGACUUAAGUUUUAUGCCCAGUUCAUACAAUGACCUGUCAACCUCCCCUGCUCCCUUCUUUCCUUUAACUUGACCGCUUGGCUCCAAAUGGCAAUCUCACCUAGACUUUAUUAUAGGGUACUGGUUGGUCUAAGGUGGCUGUGUCUAUUUUAAAAUUAUGAGUAAAUGAUAUAUUCCUCUUUUUUUUAAUACUGUGAACAAAGAAUUGGGAGAUAGAACAGUUAACAUGUUGGGCUGGGAAGGGACAAAGUAUUAGAUAGGAACAGAGGGUGUCCAUUCCCUUCAGUCAGCAUAAUAACCUUCCUGUGUAAAAUGCCAAAUGUAUGGUUAUGUUACUUUAAAUGACUGAACUGGAAUUUUAUAGCAAUUAGUACUCUAUGCAAUCUUGUCAUCUUAGCCAAAACUGGAAGAGAAAAUAAGCUAAAAAGUUGAUUUUACACACACACACACCGUGUUAUGCAGAGUUAAAAAGCUGCAUGUGAAUAUUAUCUUAGUAGCCAAGACUGUCAUUUAGGUCUGUGGGGAGGCUGUUCGCUUGCUUCAUAGAUAUGUGUACACACACACUCAUAAGCUUUGUCCCAGCAGGAAGAGUCAGCGAAUCCAUGAAUUGUUUACUUUCUGAUUCCAAAUUGGUUUCUUACUUUUCUGUGGUCAGGUUUAAUUAACCUAGACAGCUCAGCAGAGCAGACAUCGCAAGCGUGGAUGUGUGUAUGUGUAGAUGUGUGUAUAUUUUAAGAUGUAGUACUUACAAAUCAGUUAACUCUGGGUGCAAAUAUUGAACUUCACAUUUUUUUAUUUUUCUUCUAGAUGAAGUAAAAAACUCCUAGGGAAAGGCUCCAAUAGUUCAAACCUCAGCAUAGUGACUUUGCGUUUUUCCCUGCACACCACAGACUCAUAUGCAGGUCUCUAACCAGAUCUGUGCUCAUGUGAACCUUGCACUCAUGUGAACUGUGUAUAUAUAGGGACACUUUCAGAAACUGGGCCCAACACACAUGAGAGUGGCAUAAAGUGUCUGCUCUUCUGCCUGCUUUACAGUAACAUCUCUGCAAACACACAAAAACAGAUCUCUGCCUUCAAACACCUUUGUAAUGCAUUACUUAAGAUUCUGUCUAUAUUGUCUUAUCAUCUGGAGAACUAUUUUAUUGAAAACCUCUAGUUUCUUGGCCACAGGAGUUUUGUAACAGAGGUACUCUGUAUGUUGCCACAGUAGACUUGAUGGUUGCUUUAGUUACUAGAUCUGAGCAGUCUCUCAUUUGUACACGAUUGUAAAUUGCGUCCUUUCCAUGAGUGCUGUGUACCUAAGGUCUGGAGGUUGUAAUUAGGUGUUCCCAUAUGAAUAAACAUUUUAGUAACAGUGGACUUAAAAGUUACAGAUAGGAGAUAGUCCUCAAGCCUGAGAGGAAGCUGGAUGAGGGUCAGUAGUCACGAUCCAGGUGUGUCCAGCCAGAUCAAGAACAAAGGACGGUUGUCUGAACUACUCAGCUGGAAUAAAGAGUGGGCAAGGAGGAGACCAUUGUAGUGUGUGUACCUGUCCCCAUGCUUCCUUUCCUCUUCACGGUUCCUCCUCACCCUCCCUGGCCCUUUGGUGGGGGUUCUUCAUGGCUGGGGGUGGGCUGGAACAGAAGUGAGGUUCCUGCACUUUGCUGAUUGAGCCGCUCCCAGGUUUGCUGGCAGCUUUGGCCACGUUGUGAGGUGGCUGUUUUCCUUGUGUUCAGAGUGACUUGAGUUCUGAGGAUUGAUGUUUGUGUGGAACGGCGCUUUGUCUGUGUUUUAGCAGAGCUGUUCCUCUCAUCCUUUAAGAUUUUUCCCCCUGGUUUUGUUUUCUUUUUAAAUUAUACAAAUGACUUUUUUUUGGUAUGUGUGUGAGAAAGACAUUAAAGCCUUUAUUAACCUCA